ACACGGUGGAACACUUUUUUUGUGUCGAGAACUUCUAUCUUGUAUUUCUAGUAUCUUUGUUUAUACUCUUUGGUGUUAUUCGGUAGAAAUUGAUGUGUGGCUAGGCAUUGUCCUAACCCCUUCCAAUCAUCAAGAUGUCCAUUAUUGUUCUAGUUUCAUCAUUUAUUUUACAUUCAGCAUCGGCUACAAUAUAUAAAUGCGGCAAUACAUCACAAUCGUUAUCAAAUGAAUGGGAUUAUUUAACAUUUGCACAGCAGUGGCCACCAACAUUCUGCUUAUCCCAAAAGGAACCUUGCAACAUUCCAGCAGAUGUCAAAAGUUGGACUAUUCAUGGUCUUUGGCCAUCAGCAAAGAACGGACUAGAUCCUGAAUACUGCAAUUCUCCGCAGGUGUUUAAUGAUACUAGCAUUCAGGUGUUGAUGAAACAACUGAACCAAACAUGGCCAAAUCUAAUAGUGGAGAAACCGUACACUGAAUUCUGGCAACAUGAGUGGUGUAAACAUGGGACAUGUGCAGAGAACUGCUCAGAAAUGAAGGGAGAGAUGAACUAUUUCAAGAAAGGAAUUGAUCUGCAUGAACAAAUAAGAUUAUAUGUUGCUCUUGAAUCGGAGAACAUCAUUCCUGGAAACCACUAUUCUUUGUCCAACGUAACCAAUGCAAUUUCAACUAAAUUCGAAGUUCAGCCCAGAGUGAUGUGUUACCAUGACUCAAAAAGAAAUCAGAGUAUCCUUCAACAAGUUGAGGUAUGUCUGAAUAGAGACUUCAAACUGAUUGAUUGCCCAGGUUUGAAGAAGUUUAAGAACAAGAGAUUAAGAGGCCCUAGUGAAUGCAGUACCAAACAUGAACUUGUUUAUCCACCAUUUGAAGAGUAUAAUAUUGUAUAAACUAUAUAUAUUAUUUUUUUUAUAUUAUAUAUAACUAUAUGAUCUAAUUCGACAAGAAAACAAAUAAAAAUAUAUCAAAGUAUCUAUGCAUAGACCUUUGUAGCCAUGGUCCACUGAGUAUGUACGUAUUUAUUUAUGCGUGUACGCACAUAUCUUAAAUGAUCGCGUCUCAUUCAUAUGCGACAUGUGCGUUGACAUCUAAUGUAUUAGAUAUAUAACAUAUAUAUAUAAUAAAAAUAAUAUUGAUAAUAACAAUUGUGAACUCAAACUGCACAAUACCGAUGGCAUAACCUACAUGCCAUAACCUGAUACAGGGCUCAAAAUAUAAUGUAGUUCUUUGUUGGAAAGCUCUCCUGAUGUUGAAUAAAUUUUGACAAUCAUGUACCUGCAACUGUAGGUUUUCCAUAAUAUUGUUCAUGUUCCAAAUAAAGCUAGAGAAUAGACACGAUAACAAUACGACAAUGACAUAUCAUCGCUUAGUUUGUAUUUUCAACACUGCACGCAUCUGUAUUGUGUCUUCGUGUUGUAAUCGUUUCUAGUGUAAAUGUAGCCUUAAGGCACGUUUAAAAUAAGACUAUGGUGGGGGGGGGGAUACUGAAGAAUGAUGAAUAGAUUAUGAUAAUGCAUUAUAGCCAAAUCAUUGUUUGAGAUGGAAAAAAUUCUAUUGAUUCUCCUGUGUAAAUGUAUGAACUACACAACAAAAAAAUAUACUAAUUAUGAAGCUAGGGAAUAUAUAAAAAAUGCAACGACUAGGUUUUAGAUUAGAGGACAUAAAAGAAAUCAUUAACAUUUCUACCUGAAUUACUAAAAAUAUAUAAUUUGAGCUCCCUUUAAA